UUUUCCUUCCCAAUAACCAGCAACCAAGGAGUGAAUUUCAAGUCUCCUCAACUUCUUUUAAGAAAAUACCCAAUCACUCUGCUUUUUCCUCAUCAUCAUUUCCCUCUUUAAACCUCAAAUAUGUCUUCCCCUUCUCUCUUCCACUCUCACUCUCACUGAACAACUUCCUUCUUCCUUUCUUUCUCAUUUUUCUAUGGAGUUCGAUCUCGAAAACCCAUUAACCCAUCUUCAUGAACUUCAUUCCUCUGAAGACGACGCCUCUCUCUUUCUCAUUGAGUCCGAUCACAUGCUCUCUCCCACUUACCUUCACACCCUUCACUCUUCUCCUUCUGAUUUCGCCGUCCGACGAGACACCAUUUCUUUAAUCUCUCAGUGUUGUUGUAACUGUAACAUCGAUCCACACUUGUCGUACCUCGCUGUCAAUUAUCUUGAUCGUUUCUUCUCCUUUCAGGGAGUGCCGCAACCAAAGCCAUGGGUCUUGAGGCUUCUUGCGGUUUCCUGCGUAUCUUUGGCUGCCAAAAUGAAGCAAAUAGAACACAAUCUCUUUGACUUUCAGGGUAAUGAGGGAUUCAUCUUUGAUCCCCAAACAGUACACAGAAUGGAAGUUCUCAUCUUGGGAGCUCUUAAAUGGAGAAUGCGUUCCAUCACUCCUUUCUCUUUCAUCCCCUUCUUCAUUUCCCUUUUCAAACUCAGAGACCCACCUCUGUUGCAAGCUCUUAAAGCCAGAGCGACAGAGAUCAUCUUCAUAGCUCAAAACGGGAUCGAGCUUUUGGAGUUCAAGGCAUCAGUAAUUGCAGCAUCUGCUCUGCUCUCUGCUUCACACGAGCUCUUCCCAAUCCAAUACCCUUGCUUCAAAAAAGCAAUCCUCAACUGUUCAUACGUAAAUAAAGAGGAAGAAGAGGAAAUAUUGGUGAGAUGCUUGAAGGCGGUGGAGGAGAUAUUAAUAAAUGGGUACGAAAGGUCGGAGACGGUGGCCAAUGUGCUCGACCACCAUUUUUCGAGCUCUGAAAGUGAAAACACGAUGGCGAUGAUGAACAUAGGAGAUAAAGAUGGGAAGAAGAGAAAGGUUGGGUACUGCAAAAAUCAGAGGGUUCAGAUGACACAGAUCCAGCAAUGUUGAUGAGACGAUGAUGAAGAUGGAAAGCGACAGUUGAAUGGCGGAUGCCAGCAUCGUCGGAGCGAGGAAGAGGGAGAAAAAUUUGAGAUUUUUUUUUUUUUUUUUUUGGCUUUUGGUUUUGGUAUUUGUAUGUAUGUGUAGGGGAAGGUGAAGAUAAGGAAAGGGAAAGGGGAAAAGAGGGAAUUUUUGUUCCUUUUUGUUGGGUUUUAUUGGGAGGGACCAAAGACAAAACAUAACUUUGAGAAGGUGUUGUUGGUAUGGUGGUGGUGGUCGUGAGUUGGAUUUGGGUUUUGGGUGUUCUUUUUUUUUUUUUUUUUGUUUCUUUUGUUGUUUUGGGUUUUAGUGUGGUUUCUGUCGCUUUGUUUCUGGCAACAGAAUAACUCUAUACUUUAAUAACAAAUUCAAUAAUCUCAUUUUCCU